AUGGAUGAUUAUAAGAUUUUCGAGGAUUAUUUACUACAGGACUUUGAUUCUGUCUCGACUUUGCUGGCUAGAGGUGAUGAAGAUGUUAAGAUAGAGUUAUGUUCACACUAUGCUGCGCUAAGACUUAAGCGCUUUUUCCGUUGGGGACAAAUGAAAGAUUUAGAAGAAUCUAUUGAAAAAGCAAAACUGGCCGUAGAGAGAACAACUUACAGGCAUAAACAUCUGGCAGAAAGGCUGAACAACUUAGCGGUUGGGCUUGUGAGCCGAUACGAACGCACAGGCAAGAUAGAGGACCUGGAAGAGGCAAUUCUAGUAGCAAGACAGGCGGUCGAGGUUACGCCAGACGACCAUCCUAAUCUAGCAGCUGGGCUAAACAACCUAGGAAAUAAACUCGGUCACCAAUAUGAACGCACAGGCAGAAUAAAGGACCUAGAAGAGGCAAUCCGAAUAGCAAGACAGGCGGUCGAGGUUACGCCAGACGACCAUCCUAAUCUAGCAGCUGGGCUAAACAACCUAGGAAAUAAACUCGGUCACCACUAUGAACGCACAGGCAGAAUAAAGGACCUAGAAGAGGCAAUCCAAGUAGCAAGACAGGCAGUCAAGGUCACGCCGGACGACCAUCUUGAUCUGGCAGCUUGGCUGAACAACCUAGGAAACAAACUCAGUUGCCAAUACGAACGUAUAGGCAGAAUAAAGGACUUAGAAGAGGCAAUUCGAGUAACAAGACAGGCGGUCAAGAUCACGCCGGACGACCAUCCUGAUCUGGCAGGAAGGCUGAACAACCUAGGAACCGAACUCGAAAGCCGAUACAAACGCACAGGCAAGAUAGAGAACCUUGAAGAGGCAAUCCGAGUAACAAGACAGGCGAUCAAGGUCACGCCGGACGACCAUCCUAAUCUAGCAGCUGGGCUAAACAAUCUAGGAACCAAACUCGAGAGCCGAUACGAACGCACGGGCAGGAUAGAAGACCUAGAGGAGGCAACCCGAGUAGCACGACAGGCGGUCAAGGUCACGCCGGACGACUAUCCUAAUCUAGCAGAAAGGCUGAACAAUCUAGGAACCAAACUCGAAAGCUGGUACGAACGCACAAGAACUAAACUCGGUCGCCGAUUCGAACGUACAGACAGAAUAGAGGACCUGGGAGAGGCAAUCCGGGUAACAAGACAGGCGGUCGAGAUCACGCCAGACGACCAUCCUGAUCUGGCAGGAAGGCUAAACAAUCUAGGAAAUAAACUCGGUCGCCAAUACGAACGUACGGGCAGAAUAGAGGACCUGGAAGAGGCAAUCCAAGUAGCAAGACAGGCGGUUAAGGUUACGCCGGACGACCAUCCUAAGCUGGCAGCUGAGCUAAAUAAUCUAGGAAACAAACUCGAAAGCCGAUACGAACGCACGGGCAGAAUAAAGGACCUAGAAGAGGCAAUCCGAAUAGCAAGACAGGCGGUCAAGGUCACACCUAAUGACCAUCCUGAUCUGGCAGCUUGGCUGAACAACCUGGGAACUAAACUCAGUCGCCAAUACGAACGUAUAGGCAGAAUAGAGGACUUGAAAGAGGCAAUCCGGGUAGCAAGACAGGCGGUUGAGGUUACUCCGAACGACUAUCCUAAGCUGGCAGCUAGGCUAAAUAACCUAGGAAACACACUAGGUUGCCGAUACAAUCACAUAGGUAAGAUAGAGGACCUAGAAGAGGCAAUCCGAGUAGUACGACAGGCGAUCGAGGUCACGCCAGACGAUCAUCCUGAUCUAGCAACUUGGCUGAACAAUCUGGGAAACAAACUCGAAAGCCGAUACAAAUGGAUGGGCAAGAUAGAGGACCUGGAAGAGGCAAUCCGAGUAGCACGACAGGCGGUCGAGAUCACGCCGGAUGACCAUCCUAAUCUAGCAGGAAGGCUGCACACCUUAGCACAUCAUCUCCUAUCGUCCAGGCCCUCUAACAGCCUUGAAGCCUUAAAAGCUCUCUUGCACGCUUGGAGUUGUCACAGUGCGAUUCCGUCGGUUCGUGUCAGAUCCUCUGCCCUGGCAGUGCAACUGCUUCAAAGUCGAGGCGACCACGAACGUGCUUACAAGCUAUCGACAGAAACUAUCGAUCUCCUACCACUCAUACAUAACAGAUCUUUGAGCCACCAGGACCAACAAUAUGUUGUCUCUGAUUUCUCUGGACUAGCCACAAGUGCCUGCUCUCUUGCGUUAGAGCUAGGAGAACCGCCAGAAAAGGCUGCAGAUAUCCUAGAGCGAGGACGCGGCCUCAUUCUUAGUCUCCUGAUCGAUGAUCGGAGCGACAUAUCCGAGCUAGAAGCAGCCUAUCCCGAACUUUGUGGGCGUUAUGAGAAUCUUCGCUCGGAAGUGAACACCCCUGUUGAAAGUGCCACAGACCAGCGCACACGCAAUAUGGCUCUUGAAAGACGGACAAAGGCAAUUGAGGAACUAAAUGAAUGCAUACGAGUUAUUCAACAACUUCCGGACUUCAGCCAAUUCCAAAAAGGACUUACUGCCAGGCAGAUGCAAGACUCUUCAGCGGACGGCUGCAUUGUUUUCAUAAAUCUUACUGAUCUCAGAGGCGACGCCAUCAUCAUAACUCCAAAUGGCUUCAAAGCUCUCCCUCUUGUCCAUUUCGAUGCGAUCCAAGCAGAGAGCUGGAUCAAUCAAAACCUUACCGCGUUUUCGUCGGCGAUCCAAGCAGAGAGCUGGAUCAAUCAAAACCUUACCGCGUUUUCGUCGGACGACCAUGGCCAGAAACAAAAGUAUUUCCGCCAAUUUUUAUCAUGGUUGUGGCAAAGAUGCAUCAAACCAAUCUUAGAUGAGCUACGUUAUCCUAUUCAGUAUUCCGCAGAAAGCUUACCAAGAAUAUGGUGGAUCGGAACUGGACUUGCCAGCUCUUUCCCAUUUCAUGCGGCAAGCGAUCGCUCUGCUGGAGUGACAGAAAGUGCUUAUGAUCGUGUCAUUUCGUCCUACAGCCCGUCUAUCAAGGCGCUGAUUCAUGCUAGAGGACCUGUUCAUAUGACGGCUGUUUCACGUAGUGACCGUCCAAAAGCACUAAUCGUCACUAUGCCCCAGACACCCGAUGCCAAAGAUCUUCCGGGAACGAGCGAAGAGAAAUCUGUGGUGACAGCAGCGUUAGGAGGCCCUUGGCACAUAACAGCCCUAGACCAACCCGAUGUCGCUACCGUCAUGGAACAGAUUCAAAAAUGCAACAUCGCGCAUCUUGCUUGCCACGGAGUGUCAAACCAGACUGACCCUUCAGAAAGUGGUCUGUUACUGCAGACAGCCGGGACGGCCGCUGGAAAGCCAAGACAGGAUAUCCUCCGUGUUCGCGAAGUAUGUCAAGCCUAUCUCCCUCGGGCUGAAAUUGCGUACCUUUCCGCAUGUUCGACUGCUGAGAACCGGGCUGCAAAGCUGGUAGAUGAGGCACUUCAUGUCGUCAGUGGAUUUCAAGUCGCUGGGUUCAGGCAUGUGAUCGGGUGUCUGUGGCCGUCGAGUGAUCGAGUAUGUGUGCAGGUUGCGAAGUCGUUCUACUCCGAGCUCGGUCAAUAUGGGGGACGUGGACACAAAGAUAGGGCUAUUGCGCUGGCAUUGCAUAAGGCUGUCAAGGGAGUUUGCGAAGGCGAUGAGUAUGGGAAACGACCACUGUACUGGGCGCAGUAUGUCCAUUUCGGCGCAUUACUGGGCGCAAUCAUCCAUUCGGCUAGCUGCAACAUCAUACAGGCCGAUUAA